GGCGCCUGCGCGGGGGCGCGCUGGCUUAAAUCGAGCCGAAGCCGCGAAAUGGAAGCCGAGCAGCUGCGUGCGGAGAAUCCUCCCAGCCAGGAGAAAAUGGAAAUUGCAUGUUUUCCCAAUUCAGAGGGAAUGGCUAGUUCCGGAUGUGAUGCUCAGGAUGACACAAGGACCAGUCCCUCUGCGUCUAGCAAGAAAAAACAAUCUAGAAAUCCCAGUCCCAAGAAGGUUGAUGACUGUUGCCCCAGCCCUAAGAGACCAUCCCCUCAGAGACUGAAUCCGGAAGUCGGGAAGGCUUCUACUUCAUUGAAUGUUUCUUUGGGGCAGCUCCCUAGCCCACGAGUCUCACGUCCGUCCUUGAGUCGUCGCAGUGUGAAACUGGAUACUAAUCGCCGGAAGUCUCUGCCGCCUCUACAUGCAGAUGUUACCGAACUGAGUAAAGCAAUCGGCCUGGACUUGCCAGAAAAGGACAGGAUGGCGCAGCUUCUCCUUUCCAGUUUUCAGUAUGCUGCCCAGAAGUUUAAGGAUUCCUUAAAGCAUUCUGAAGGGUUUAAUCCUGAAACCUUUGAACGGAAAGUGAAGGAGAUUGGCGAAGACCUGAGAUUCUGCACUAAGAGGUUGGACCUAGAUGGAACUCUUCAAAAAUGCUUUGAAGAAUCGGAAGGCGACUCGUCAGAUCCUGCUUUAAAUGAAUCACUGAUGACCUUGAGGGAGAACAUAGCCAGGCUCUCUGAAGAGGACCAAGCUUGGGAUAGAUUGCUCUGGUCUUACCAAAGAAAUGCUGAGGAAAUAUCAAGCCAACUGCAGCAGUGCAAACUGAAGCCAGUGCCGGAGGAGCCCAUUAGCUACGUUGGAUCAUCGCAGGCCCACGUGCUCCAAACCAAACCAGACUACCAGAAAAUACUGGACUCUCAAGGAGAUCUGUUUGACUCCAUGGAGCUAGUGCUGGAUGAAAUUCAUCAGGCUGUAAAUGUUUUUCAAGCCUUCAUGGAGGACAAUACGCGGCAUCUCCAGAAGUUAUCGGAGCAACUUGGAGCAAGGACUUUCCAGGGAUUGGAAAACUCACCAGCCCGGAAAAUACUCAUGCUUCCCCAGAGUCAGCUACCUGCACCUUAAGCUUCCACGGGGAAAUUGGCAGCUGUGUUCCUAAUGGACUUGUGAAUCCGUUUCUACUGUGUGUGUGUUCCUCUUCUGCCAGACUUGAUCUAAAUUUCUGGGGCGGUGGCAUUCUUGCCUCACAUCUGAAUGAUGGUGGAUAUAUGAACACUUUCUGUACUAGGGGCCAAAUCCUUGCCUGUCAGUACUUUAAUUAAAGAGAAAUGCCUCUUCCUAAUUUCA